CGGUGUUUAUUCGCUGGUUCCACACUCCAUAGCUUGAAGUUAUCUCUUCCAAAAGAUUGUUUAGGCCAAGGAAAGGAAUCAAAACGUAGUCGUAGGCUCGGAGAAGGAAGCGAUCUUCCCUUUUCCAUCGGGAAAUCGCCAGUUUGCUAUCCACACGUACCAUGGACUCUGUGGAAGCAAAAAGGCCAGGUAUUAAUCCUGCCCCUGCUACUGCUCAUCCAGAUCCAUUUAAUAGAAAGUCUGUUAGGAAACCGCAGAAAGCUGCGCAGAAAAAGCAACAAGGAUCGUCUAGGUUUCGGUCCAAGCCAAGCUUUGAGAUCCAACCUCUUGGUCUUUUGAAAGACUCGGCGCCAGCCGAACAACAGGAGUUGUUCAUCAAGAAACUACAACAGUGUUGUGUAGUCUUCGAUUUCAUGGAUCCAGUCAGUGAUUUGAAGGGAAAGGAAAUUAAACGGGCAUGUUUAAACGAACUUGUUGACUAUAUUGCGUCAGGUCGUGGAGUCCUUACUGAGGCAGUAUAUCCAAAAAUAAUCGAAAUGGUCGAUGCAAACAUUUUUAGGACUUUACCUCCGUCGGACAACCCAGACUUUGAUCCAGAAGAAGAUGAUCCAACGCUAGAAGCAUCCUGGCCUCAUCUACAGAUAGUCUAUGAAUUCUUCCUUCGGUUCUUGGAGUCUGCAGAGUUUCAACCCAGUGUUGCCAAGAAACACAUCGAUCAGAAGUUUGUUUUACAGCUUCUGGAACUUUUUGAUAGUGAAGAUCCUCGUGAGAGAGACUUCCUCAAGACAGUCCUUCACAGGAUAUAUGGAAAGUUCCUUGGACUUAGGGCUUACAUUCGAAAACACAUCAAUCACAUAUUUUUAAAAUUCGUUUAUGAGACAGAGCACUUCAAUGGGGUUGGAGAACUACUAGAAAUCUUAGGAAGUAUCAUCAAUGGAUUUGCUCUUCCACUGAAGACUGAACACAAGAUGUUCUUAAACCGAGUUUUAAUUCCUCUUCACAAGGUGAAGUGCCUGGGCCUGUACCAUGCACAGUUGGCAUAUUGUGUCGUUCAGUUCUUGGAAAAGGAUGCCACACUUACAGAAAAUGUCGUUUUAGGCUUACUAAAAUACUGGCCAAAAACAAGCAGUCAAAAAGAGGUGAUGUUCCUAGGUGAAAUAGAAGAAAUUCUAGAUGUAAUAGAUCCCGCUCAGUUUCAAAAAGUUAUGGUACCGCUCUUCAAAAAUAUCGCUCGAUGUGUAUCAAGCCCGCAUUUCCAGGUCGCUGAGAGAGCGCUUUACUUCUGGAAUAACGAAUACAUCAUGAGCCUAAUCGAAGAAAACUCGAACUCCAUCUUACCCAUCAUGUUUUCAAGUUUAUAUAGGAUAUCCAAGGACCACUGGAACCAGACCAUCGUAGCGCUCGUCUAUAAUGUUUUGAAGACCUUUAUGGAAAUGAACUCGAAACUGUUUGACGAACUAACGUCUUCGUACAAAAGCGAUAGACAAAAAGAAAAGAAAAAGGAGAAAGAAAGAGAAGAGCUGUGGAAACAACUCGAAAAGUUGGAAAUAGAAACGAGAAAUAAGUCAACUUGCUCGGCGUCGAAUCCCGCGGGCUCGAACCCGAAUCCCUCUACCAGUUCGGGAGCCGGGACAGCGACUAAGAAUGCCAAGAGCUGAACUCCCGAGCGCCGCCCGCGGUUGCUGUUUUGUCCAGACCUCCUCCGACAUUUUGAUUAGUGUGAAAAGUGAUCCAAGUGACACUCCGUUGACCAGUGACUGAAAGAAAUUAUUAAUUUCUAAUUUGAGGAAGUUGAGCUUUGACUGACCACACCUUCGAAAAGCACGAAAGAAUUUAUUAAUUUAAGAUGUCGUAUAUUGUUCAGACUCGAGGGUUGUUACAUACCCUUGUCUUAAGUUACUCACUGCGCGCGGAGGGAGGUGGUAAAAGUGACGCCGAAGCGCCGUUUUAUUGUGUAUUUUGUUUAAUGUGGUCGUCCGGCGCACGGCGCGCUCGAUUCCGUCUUGAUUACGGUGUCGGUGGUCAUUUGUUGCCUUUCGUCGUCCGGUAGUACAGUGACAUUGCCUUACUAUAAAUGUGUGUAUUACUGGCGUAGAGCGGUCAUUGUCGACCAAUACUCGCUUGAGACGAAACGGAUACGUUAAGGCCUGGAUGAUAUUGAAGUUUAGAAAAAAAAAAUAUACUUGUAAUCAAAUUCUGUAGAUAGCCCUUCCCUAACAGGAAACCUAGCCCGCAGAACAGUGUUGUGGCGUCAAUUCAACCAAGAUGGUCGUCGCAAGGACAAAACAGGUUCUACCCAAUAAUGUAUUACGAUACCAAUUUACCACAAAAAGCGCAGAAAACGAAACCCAUUGAAAGGAGAUUCAUUUCUAAAUUCAGCGCAGAACUACCCUAUGGCCGUAGUGAAACCACGAACAUUGCUUUGCAGACGAGGUUUCCCAGUAAAUUUUGCAGCCCUAUUUCUCUAGCAAUUUUCCUUGUAUGUAACUUUUUACUCUGAUGUCGCAUUUCUUUACUACUUUGAAGUACAGUCUCUGUAAGAGACGCGCGAUUAACUGAGUUGAAGGUAUUUUUCACGUGAUGAGGGAAAGACCAAUAAACAGCAUAAGAUUCCUCA